AUGCUCCCACUUCACCAUAAUCACUUACUUGCAUUCCCUUCACAGGAUGGAGUUAUAUCAAAUUUGAACGAAAAGUUCAAUUACCAGAUUGCUGUUUAUGGUGUCCACGGGGACGGUCAACUAAGACGGAUCACGCGAUUCUCGAAGCCUCAUUAUGCGAAUCUCGCGGUAGGUCAGCUGAAGUUGGUUCUUCUGGCCGCUGCCUAUGCUGGAAAAUAUAACCUGCUUGACCUAUUCUUCCACAAUCGUAUAAUGUAUAUUGUACUCUGUGGCCUCCUCCUUCUUAUGCUAGUUACCGUCGUUGUGAUUGUCUCUCUUUGCUGUUGGCGCCAGCGUCGUGAGCAUAUUCGCCGAAAACGGAAACAUCAACAGUCGCAGAACGGCUUCAUCUACUAUGGCUACAAAGAUCCGGCUAAGUAUCUGCAUCGGGAAGGCAACCUCGGUAGUGGAAACUCGAACAGCACUCCAACAAACAACAUAAACAAUAAUGCCAAUAGUGGCAUCAAUAACACUAGUCAUAACAACCCGCCAAACUCGACUAUAGGUGAACAAGUCGGCCAGCCUGGCUGCGCUUCUAUCGGUUCAAAUGCCAAUGUUCUUCCAGCUCGCUCUCCUAAUGGUGGUAGCAACAGCAACCUUUGCGUCAAUAGCCCCUCUCAUCUUGCAUCUCAUCUCCAUCUGCAACAACAACAACAACAACAGCAGCAGCAACAGCAGCAACAACAACAACAGCAGCAACAGUUUCAACAACAACAGUUUGAGCUACAACAGCAGCAACAGCGGCAGCUACAGCACCAACAACAGCAGCAGCAACAACAACAACAACAACAG